AUGAUACCUGAUUGGGACAUACGCAUGUGGUCAGAGGAAGUGAUCAACAUUGGUCAGUUCCUGUGGCCGAUGCGAAUUCGUCUCGAAGCUUGGCUGAACAACCAGCGUCCCCUGGUGCACCAGUACAAUUUUUCAGCUGACUGCAUGAUCGAUGACAUCAGCCUGAUCGACUGCGACGAAGAGCUGUAUCACCCAGACUUGUGCCUCAGCAACCGCACCGAGAAAUACCGAUGUAAGCUGAACAAAGUAUGCAUCGAAUGGGACCAGCUGUGCGACAUGUCGGUCGACUGCUACGGAGGCGAGGACGAAGACUCAAGUCAGCACCAAUGCAACAAAGUGCCGCGAGGCGGAAGAUGCGACUUUGAAUCAGACACUUGCGGUUGGUCGACAACGAAAGACGGGGACUUCAAGUGGCUCAGGGCGAAUGCGACCUAUCGUAGGAAUCUGGAGAAGGACGACCCGAUGAUACAACUGGUCUCUGAUCACAGUUUGGGCAACGUUUCCGGUCACUUCAUGUACGUGCAGCAGGGCAACAGCGAGCGAAUGCAAAGGGCGUUUCUGGUCAGUCCCAAGUUUCCGCCGAUGUCCAAAGCGUUGAACGACCCGAAAUCGCCGUACUACCGCCAGUGCAGGGUCCGGUUUUAUUACCAUCACUUCGGUCGCGACUGGCAUUCGGUGUUUCUCUUUGUCGUGACAGCCGACGAGAGUUUCAGGGAAAAGAUAUGGGAAGAGGACAAAGGGUUCCUGUCGGCCGAUCAGCACAGUUACUACUGGCAGAGGGUGUCCGCCGUCAUUCCGUACCAGGAAACCGAGUAUUACCUCCAAUUCGCCGCAAUUCGAAUUGCUGUCUUUCAUGGAGAUUUCGGCCUUGACGACAUCUCACUCACUCCUCAGUGCUUCGUUCAAGCAGACACACGAUCAAACGUUUCGUUCGUUCCUCAGAAGUACAGGUUCACCACCUGUGGGGCUCGCGGAAUUUCUGGCCCAACGCAGGCAAUGUGUGACAAGGAAUACAACGGAACCGGGACGGAAGUGAAGGUGCUUCAAAACCGAAAUCGCCUUGGCAUACAGGUCUGGAAAGUACCAAGCACCGGCGAGUACAGGGUAAGAGCUGCCGGAGCGAGAGGGGGUAAAAUCGUGCCUGACGGCGACCAAGAAUCAGUAUAUCCAAGAAAUGCAGGGACCGUCGUAGAAGCGACAUUUGCACUGACAAAAAACGACCAGAUAUGGAUGAUUGUUGGCCAGGUUGGCUUAGGCUCCUGUACGGAGGAACAUCCUACCUCGACGUGUUCCCGCGAGUCAGCAAAAAAGGAUGAAGCAGAAGGAAGUUAUCCAUCGUACAUGGUCAGUGGCGGAGGCGGUGGAACUGGCGGCACAGACAACUUCAAACAUGGUGGUACGCUUCCACAUAAGAGCCUCGGGCGUUUGUUGACGGGCGGUUUCACAGGUGGCACCUGUCGAACAAAGCAUCCUCUGAAAUACGGUGGGGGCUUUGGCGGAGGUGGUGGCGAUGGGGGCAAUUUCAGCCACGGAGAAGGCGGCUGGUCGAACAGUAUUGACGAGGUGGCGGUGUUCUACGCGAACGCCAACGACGGGCCGGGAGAAGUGAUCAUUUUUCCGUGUUUAGCCGACUGCCCUGAAGACAGCGUAUGCCACUUCCUGAAUGAGAGCCAAGUGUGCAAGUGCGUCAGCGGUGAUAUACUCCUAAAACCAGACUCGGCCUGCCCAAAGCUAGUCAUGAACACCAAUGAUACCAUGGAAUCGAACGCGGUCGCUUUAAAGAGCAAUGAAAUGUUGAUCUACAUUACCGUAAUCAUCAGCACUGGUUUCUUUGUCGCCAUUUUCCUCAUGAUACUUCGUUUCAAAUGCUCUGACCGUCGAAGUUCGAAAAAGUACGGAUACGUGUGUCAUGCCGGAAAUUUACCAAUGGACCAAUUUCUGGGACAAAAUUUUCACUCUGAGUUCAACCCGAACUACGAACUGUUCCGCGUUGAUGAACUACCGUAUGCUAUUAACGAUCUGAAGGAAAUCUCGCGUUCCAGUGUGAAACUUACCCGACCACUUGGUCAAGGUGCUUUUGGAGAGGUGUACGAAGGAAUUCUGUACAGCUCAUCACACGGAGGAAGCAGCAUACCGAUUGCGGUUAAGACCUUACCCGAGUUCGCAACGGAGCAAGCGCAGAUGGAUUUUCACAUGGAAGCCUUGAUAAUGAGCAAAUUCAACCACCCAAAUAUUGUGCAGUUCUACGGCGUCUGUUUCGACAAAAUGCCGCGAUUCAUCGUUUUGGAACUGCUGGCUGGUGGUGACCUCAAGUCCUUUCUCCGAGAAAACAGACCCAAAGAAAGGCAGUCUAGACGGGGAGGUCGCCCGUGCAGAACUGCCUACGCAGAAUUGUUGGACUGGAUCCCUGUCACCUACGAUUUCGUUUUGCCGCGUCACCACAAAGCAGUGGCGCUUGGCAAAUCGGAUUAG